AUGGCUGCGUCCACCAUGUCCAUCUGCUCUAGCAACCUGAGCUAUGGCAGCUGGGUCUGCCUUCCCAGUUCCUGUGAUUCUUGCUCUGACUCCUGGCAGGUGGACGACUGCCCAGAGAGCUGCUGCGAGCCCCCCUGCUGUGCCCCCAGCGGCUGCACCUCGGCCCCCUGCCUGACCUUCAUCUACACCACAGUGAGCUGUGUGCCCAACUCCUGCCAGUCAGUCUGCACCAGCUCCUUCACUCCCUCGUGCUGCCAGCAGUCUAGCUGCGAGCCUUCCUGCUGCACCUCCUCCCCCUGCCAGCAGGACUGCUGUGUGCCCGUGUGCUGUAAAACCAUCUGCUGCAAGCCUAUCUGCUGCAAGCCCGUCUGCUCUGAGGCUUCCUCUUCAUGCUGCCAGCAGUCUAGCUGCGAGCCCUCCUGCUGCACCUCCUCCCCAUGCCAGCAGCCUGGCUCCGUGCCCAUCUGCUCUGUGCCCGUCUGCUGCAAGUCUGUGUGCUGCAUGCCUGUCUGCUCUGAGGCUUCCUCUUCAUGCUGCCAGCAGUCUAGCUGUGAGCUCUCCUGCUGCACGUCCUCCCCCUGCCAGCAGGACCGCUCCGUGCCUCUUUGCUCUGUGCCCGUCUGCUGCAAGCCUGAGUGCCGUGUGCCCAUCUGCUCUGGGGCCACCCCCUGCCCAUCCCCCUCGUGCUGCCAGCCCAGCCCCUGCCCCUCCUCCUGCUGCAGACCCUCCUCCUGUGUGUCCCUCCUCUGCCGCCCUGUGUGCAGGACCGCCUGCUGCGUGCCCUUCCCUUCCUGCUGUGCCCUCACCUCGUCCUGCCAGCCCAGCUGCUGCCACCCGGCCUCCUGUGUGUCUUUGAUUUGCCGCCCCGUGCGCUCCCGCCUGGCCUGCUGCUGCCUCUAG